AGUGCCAGGAUUGCCCCUAGAAGACCUGUAGAUGGCAUAAUUUGCGACGAUCCUUUUAUCAGCUUUGAAGCAGCAGAACGCUGAACAUUUGGAUUUUUUAUUACGUCUUAGCUGCAAAGCAUGGUACUGAACUUUGAUGUUGGCUUCUCCGAGGAUGAGAACCUCAAGUGGAGGAAGUCGAUGGAGGACACACACGUGAUACAAGUGCCAUUCAUGGGAGAUGAAUCUGCUGGAUUCUUUGCUGUGUAUGAUGGUCACGGCGGCAAAGAGGCGGCGGACAUUGCGUCCGCCGAAUUGCACAAAUUCCUGGAGAAGGAGCUUGCUCCAGGGAAAAAUGGAUCGGUGAAAGCUAGUUUUAUGAGCGCAUAUGAGCAGAUGGAUGAUAGACUGAAAUUCGACGCUUUGUACAUGGGUGCAACGGCUGUCACAUGUUUGAUUCGUGAGGAAGCGAAUGGGACCCGGAAGCUGUAUGCUGCCAAUGCUGGUGACGCUCGGGCAGUUUUAUGCCGAGAUGGGAAGGCUGUUCGUUUGACAAAGGAUCAUAAAGCUUCCGACCAGGAGGAACAGGAUCGCGUCACCGCCAGUGGUGGUUGGGUGUCGAUGAAUCGCGUUCACGGCGUCCUGGCAGUCUCGAGAGCCCUAGGGGAUCACGCGAUGAAGCAGAGUGUGAUUAGCGAGCCUCAUUUCUGGGAAGACGAUCUGACUGAUGGUGACACCUUCGUGAUUAUUGCUUGUGAUGGGUUGUGGGACGUCUGCAGCGACCAGGAAUCAGUUGAUCUAGUCAAGGAUGAGCCAGAUGCGCAGGCUAUGUCGCAGAAACUUAUUCAGACCGCAUUGGAUAAUGGAGGCAAGGACAACAUCAGUGUGAUGGUUGUCCGUUGGUCGUGAACCAGUUUUGAAGAAGGCAAGAUCCUUGAAGUGGCUAGGCCGCCGUUAUGAAUAUGAAAUGCGCAAGUUGUUCCAUCUGCAGCUUCUUCAAUUUUCAUGAAUCUCUGCACCAAGCGCUUUCUCGGCCUUUUAAAUGACUUGCAAACAUCCUUGAUUCACGUUCGCAUCGGUGGAUAUGCGUAUCAAGUGGAGUUGUCGGAAAUUCUUUCGUGAGCGAACGCCAUGAGCUCAGUUAAAUUUUUCGUGACGUGGUUUUGCAAGGAUGCGAAUAGAAUCUUAG